CCACAUGCUUUUUGUAAAUGCAAAAAAAGAGACAAAAACAUUACAUGAUGUAGGAUCUGUAUCUCCCAACCCACGAUCUGCUUCCCUUCUCAAUCAUCGUUCCUCAAACCUGCGAUCUGUAUCUUGUUCCUUUUCCCUUUUUCACUUUCGGGUUUGGAUCUCUCAAGACAUGUUCCUCUUUGACUGGUUCUAUGGCAUUCUAGCCUCCCUCGGCCUUUGGCAAAAAGAAGCCAAGAUUCUCUUCCUGGGUCUCGAUAAUGCCGGCAAGACCACCCUCCUUCACAUGCUCAAAGACGAGAGAUUAGUUCAGCAUCAACCUACCCAACACCCCACUUCCGAGGAAUUGAGCAUUGGCAAGAUCAAGUUCAAGGCUUUUGAUUUGGGUGGCCACCAAGUUGCUCGCAGAGUCUGGAAAGACUACUAUGCAAAGGUGGAUGCUGUUGUUUAUCUGGUAGACGCCUACGACAAGGAGAGGUUUGCAGAAUCAAAGAAGGAGCUUGACGCGUUGCUUUCAGACGAAGCCUUGGCAAAUGUUCCGUUUCUAGUGCUAGGAAACAAGAUCGACAUCCCAUACGCAGCUUCGGAAGAGGAGCUACGAUAUCAUCUCGGCCUGACAAAUUUCACCACGGGCAAAGGCAAGAUCAAUCUCACGGAUUCCAACCUUCGACCUCUCGAAGUGUUCAUGUGCAGCAUUGUCCGCAAGAUGGGAUACGGCGACGGCUUCAAGUGGGUCUCCCAAUACAUCAAGUAGAAUUCCAGCAUCAUUUUUUUGUUUGUUACCCCUUUUCCUUUGUCCAAGUAGCACAUCUUCAGAAUAGUUUUUGUCACUGUUUUUUGCUUUUGAUGAAUUUGAUUGUAUUAUUUGGUACAAGUGCAGUAAUAUUACAUGAUAAUUAAGAUUUGUAUCUUCAAAGAUUCUUUUGGUGAAAUGUCCCUUGUUCUUUGAAAUGCUGGAUUGUGUUGUAGGGUGAUUAUGACUGGGCAGAGACUAAUAAAUUUGGAAGAAUCUCAAUCCACUUUGGUUCC